UUCUGGUUCCUGAUGGUGAAACUCACUUUAAUCACUUUAAACCAGUUUGAGACCAGAAUCUGAAACUAAAUGUGUAUUUUCUCUCUCGCAGGCCAAAUGCUGGGCGGAGGAGAAGACGUCCUCCACCAGGAUGUUCCUGGAUCAGAUUUCCUCCGGCGUCCUCUUCAUCCUCUGUUUCGCUGCGCUGACGUGAGUCCGUCUCCAGCCGUCCCCUCCUCAGUGGAAUUGGUUAAAGCUGCAGACGUGAAGGUCAUCGCUGCUCUGGGGGACUCUUUAACUACAGCUAUCGGAGCGAAUGGCUCCACAAUUGCCUCGAUACCUUUUGAAUUUCGCCAAGUUUCCUGGAGCAUCGGAGGCUACGGGACUUUUCAAAAUGUCAUCACACUGGCAAACAUUUUUAAACUCUUCAAUCCCAAACUGCUGGGUCCGUCCCCGGUGGUGACGAUGCACGGUCGACCCACGAGCGUCAACGAGACCGGCUUCAACUUCGCCGUCACCGGCCACAACACGCUGAACGUGUCCGAUCAGAUAACACACAUGAUCCACACGUUCAAGUCGUAUCCAGGUCUGAACUUCCUGGAGGACUGGAAGGUGGUGACGAUGCUGAUCGGCAUGAACGACAUCUGUGACUACUGUAAAGACGAGGUUCUAUUCUCCCCCGACAGUUUCAUCCGCCACAUAACAGAAGCUCUGGACAUGAUGAUGAAUGAGGAGUUUCUGCUUGUGUCUCGUUCAACCUGAAGAAAACUCCACUGAGCUGAAGGAGCUGGUGGAGAUUAACUCUGAAUUCCAGAGACGAUUAGAGAAGCUUCUGCAAAGCGAUCGCUUCUUUAAAAACGACUUUGCUGUUGUUCUGCAGCCGUAUUUAGAGAACGCACAACCACCCAGACUUCCUGACGGGACAAUGGACUUGAGCUUCUUCACGGCAGAUUGUUUCCACUUCACUGUGAAGGGACACGAGGAGCUGGCCAAGGGACUGUGGAACAACAUGUUCCAGCCUGAAGGAGCCAAACAGAAGAUCGAGACGUUUACAGAUCCGUUGAAACUCAUCUGUCCACCUGAGGAUCAUCCUUACAUCUACACCAGACCCACAGUUGCAUCGUCUGCUCCGGCCCUGACUCGUGUCUCCAUGAUGCUGACGUCUCUGCUGUCUGUGGCCGUCAUGUUUUAUUUACCUUAAUUCAAUAUAAUACCUGGAUUAAAUAUUUAAGAUCCAUAAGAGCCUGUGACUCUCAAACAUAAACACUCAGGGACGUCUAAAGGGAAAUUUCAGAUUUAUCUUUUUGAAAUAAAAAAUGAGAAAAACAGAUAUAAUACUAUAUUCAUUGUCCAGAUUUAUUUUUAAGUUUGUUUUUAAGUAAAUCCUUUGUCAAAUAUAAAAAAUCAUGAUCUGAUCUUUGCUGACAAUUUCCACAAAUUAAAUAAAGAAGUUUGGCUCAGCAGUGAGACAGAUGUGUCCAAACAUCCACAUCCGGUUAUUAAUCUGAAAACUUUAUUUCAGAAUAACUGAAUCUUCUCGUUUACAAGCUGCUGCUGUUGAUUAAAUCUUGAAAAUAAACAAAUGUUGAGCUCUGAUUUGGUCUUUUAAUAUCUGGUAAAUGUUGUUGUGUAUACGUGAGGCUGAGUUGUGUGUCUGCCGUCAUUGUAACCAGGACAAACUUGACAUUGGAAUAUUCUGUGGUGCAAAUGAUCUGAAUAAACUCAAACUGAAAUACAA